CUGGUCCUCGACCAAAGAGCUGGCCUCUGAUAAAGGCACGCCGUGGCGUUUAUUCCCCUGUUUCUUUUGCGUCUCCGUCACUGCUACUCGCUCUGCACACCUCUCGUUACCCUCCCUCGUCUUCCUUCCGAGUGGUGCUAAUGGGAGACGAGUUGAAGGAGAGGCUCUUGCAGAGGCAAGGAGAUAGAGAGGAAGAAGAGACACUUGGGAAAAAGGUGUAUAAUGAAAGCAAGAAAAUGUGGGUGGUGGCAGGGCCUGCCAUAUUCACCAGAUUCUCCACCUUUGGCAUACAAGUAGUCAGCCAAGCCUUCAUUGGCCAUAUUGGCUCCAUUGAACUUGCUGCCUACGCCAUUGUCAUGACUGUCCUCAUCAGGUUCGCAAACGGUGUAUUGCUGGGGAUGGCAAGUGCGUUGGAGACUCUGUGUGGGCAAGCAUAUGGAGCUAAACAGUAUGAGAUGCUAGGAAUAUAUCUUCAAAGAUCGUGGAUAGUGUUGUUCUUGACCUCACUCAUCAUGCUUCCCAUUUUCAUCUUCACCGCCCCAAUUCUGGAGUUUUUAGGUCAAGAUAAAAGUAUUGCGGAGGUAGCAGGGAGCAUUUCUCUGUGGGCAAUAGGUGUGAUAUUUGCUUUCAUCGUGUCAUUCACCUGCCAGAUGUUCCUGCAAGCGCAGAGCAAGAACAUGAUCAUCGCCUACCUUGCAGCAUUCUCAAUUGGAAUUCACAUUUUUCUGUCAUGGCUUUUGACUGUUAAGUAUAAGUUAGGACUCAAUGGGGCAAUGAUAUCAACCCUUCUGGCAUAUUGGAUUCCCAACAUAGGUCAGCUCAUGUUUGUCGUGCUCAAAUGCCCUGAUACAUGGAAGGGCUUCUCAUUUUUGGCUUUCAAAGAUCUCUGGCCUAUAAUCAAGCUUUCCCUUUCUUCUGGAGCAAUGUUGUGUCUUGAGUUAUGGUACAACACAAUUUUGGUACUUCUAACUGGGAACUUGAAAAAUGCCAAGGUCGCCAUUGAUGCUCUGUCCAUUUGCCUCAACAUCAAUGGAUGGGAAAUGAUGAUCGCGCUUGGAUUCUUCGCUGCUGCCAGUGUGCGAGUGUCAAAUGAGCUAGGUAGAGGGAGUUCAAGGGAUGCAAAAUUUGCCAUAGUGGUGACAGUGAUAACAUCUUGAAUAGGGUUCAUUCUAUUCUUAGCGUUCCUGUUCUUGAGGGAGAGACUUGCUUACAUAUUCACUCCAAACCCUGAGGUGGCUGCUGCAGUUGGGGACUUGUCACCUUUGCUCGCUUUCUCCAUGUUGUUGAACAGCAUCCAACCUGUUCUCUCUGGAGUUUCUAUUGGAGCUGGUUGGCAAAGCAUUGUAGCAUAUGUAAACAUAGGCUGUUAUUAUCUGAUCGGGAUCCCUGUUGGAGUUCUGCUCGGUAAAAUCAUCCAUCUGCAAGUGAAGGGUAUUUGGAUAGGAAUGUUAUUUGGAACAUUUGUUCAAACUGUGGUGCUCAUCAUCAUCACAUACAGAACUGAUUGGGACAAGCAGGUAGAGAUUGCCAGGAGUCGUGUCAAGAAGUGGGCUAUGGCGGACGCUGAAGAAUAGAAUGGCAGAUUUGCCUAGCCCACUAGGGUCAGUCGCCGUGGCUUCAUAAAGUAGUUUGUCUCACGGGUAGUGGGCUUAAUCCAGCUCAUUUGGGUCAGUCCACCGUGGGUCCGGUAAGAAGUGGGCUUAAUUGGACCGGGUGAUUAUUUUAUGUACCGUGGACGGAUUCAACAAUGAAGUAAAGCUAUUUAUCA